AUGAGAAACUUGGGCAAUGGACACUCAAUUCCGCCAUCACCACUCAAGUUGUUUGGACAAGCCAAGAAACGCAUCAAUGAUAUCUUCAAAGAGAUUGGUGAAUACAUCUAUGAAAGUGAUAAUUUUAUACAAAAAACAUACAAAAAUGCUGCUGAUCUGGUCACAGCUGAGGAUGCAGGAAUUGUCAAAGGAUUUAAGGAGAAAGUGGAUGGAAUCACAGAAGUGUUGGCCCGGGAUCACAUGAAAGUGGCUUUCUUUGGACGAACUUCUAAUGGCAAAAGUACAGUGAUAAAUGCUAUGUUAAGGGAUAAAAUUCUGCCCAGUGGCAUUGGCCAUACUACCAACUGUUUUGUCCAAGUUGAAGGUACAGAUUCCAAUGAAGCUGUCCUUCUCACAGAUGAUUCUGAUAAACCUAAGAGUAUCAACGACAUCAAACAACUUGCACAUGCUUUGAGUAACAUGAAAUUAAAUUCCAACAAAUGUAUACGUAUUUUGUGGCCUAAAGAAAAAUGCCGCCUUUUAAAGGAAGAUGUCAUCUUGGUUGACAGUCCUGGUAUUGAUGUCUCUCCAGAUCUUGAUGAAUGGAUUGAUGAGCAUUGCCUUGAUGCAGAUGUCUUUGUACUUGUGGCAAAUGCAGAAUCAACUCUGAUGCAAACUGAAAAGAACUUUUUUCAUAAAGUUAGCUCAAAACUCUCCAAACCAAACAUUUUUGUCCUUCAAAAUCGAUGGGAUAUUUCAGCCAUUGAAGAAGAUAUUGAGGAGGUUAGAAAGCAGCAUAUGGAAAGAAAUGUUCAGUUUUUAGGCAAAGAAUUAAAUGUGGUGAAACCAGAAGAUGCAGAAAACAGGGUGUUCUUUGUUUCUGCCCGAGAAGCCCUUGUCUCUCGGUUACAUGAAGACAAAGGGACACCAACCCCGGUGGGAGCAUUGCAAGAAGGCUUUCAAGUUCGCUUGUUUGAAUUUGCCAACUUUGAACUUACAUUUGAGGAAUGCAUAUCUAAAUCGGCUGUGAAGACCAAAUUUGAACUACACACAGAGCGAGGCAAGAAUAUCAACUCUAACUUACGGACAGUGAUGGAAGAUGUCCACCAGCGAAGCAUCAUUCGCAGGGAUGAACAAUCAUUGAUAUUUCAGCAAAAGUCAGAUGAACUUGACUACAUGGAGAAGCAGACAAAGUUGCUCACUGCAGAAAUCAAGGAAAAAAUCAAAGAUAUGGUUGAUGAUGUUGAACGUAAGGUGGCGUGUGCAUUAAAUGAAGAGAUCCGAAGACUGGCUAUAAUUGUGGACGAAUUUGAUCGUCCAUUUCAACCAGAUCCUUUCAUGUUAAAUGAUUACAAAAAAGAUUUGCAAGAGCAUUGUUCAAAAGCCUUAAGCCAGAACCUUCAGACCCAUCAUUCUGCUGAUCUGAACAAAUCUGUUUAUGCUGCUCGCAAGAACAUCAUAGCAUGUUCAGUUAGUGAUGAGUUUGUUCAAAAGCUUCAUUGCAUGGCCUUUCCUCUUGUCCUUCCUGGGAUAAAAAUUGGCCCUUUUCUUAUCUUUUAUAAGAAAUACUAA